AGAGAGACGCAGUCUGCAGGUAGAAGGACUUCUGCUGGAGCAAACAGCUGGAAUAAACUCGAGACUACUGGGAGUGACUCCGGUAGCAGGAGAGUUUAUCAUGGCUGGAGGCCUGAUGUUCACCGUGAGUCUUUAUGCACAAACACAACUUUUGCUGUACUUCAGUCUAACAUCUGUCCCUGUCGGGAGCUGGAGCUACACAUAUUCCAAUGAGACGAUGACUUGGAUAGAGGCUAAAGCUUGGUGUGAGAAUCAAUCCAAUGGACUGAUGGUUAUUCAAAAUGAAAAACACAACAACUACCUUAAAGACAACCUCCCACAGCUGAAAGUCUACUACUGGAUUGGACUCAGAAAGACGAAUGGCUUUUGGACUUGGCAGGGGACAGAACAGAAGCUGGAGGGUGGUGGAUUCUGGGCUGGCAAUGAACCCAAUAACAAAAAGCAUGAUGAGGACUGUGUGGAAAUAUACAUUAAAAGUGGGACAGACAAUGGCAAGUGGAAUGAUGAAAAGUGCGUAAAAAAGAAGCAUGCCUUGUGUUAUAAAGCAUCAUGUUUUGAGAAAUCAUGCAGCAAGAUUGCUGAGUGUGUGGAAGAGAUCAGCAACUACACCUGCAAGUGUAAUCCUGGGUUCACUGGACCCACGUGUAUGGACGUUGUUCAAUGCCCUCCAAUUGCCACUGUACUCAGUGAUGCUCGAAUAAACUGCAGUCAUCCCCUGAAAUCAAACAGCUACACCUCUACGUGUGUGUUCAGCUGUGAAGAGGGCUUUGAGCUGAGAGGGUCAAACACAACUGUGUGUGAUCACACUGGACAGUGGACACACACCACCCCUACCUGCACAGGCAUGUGGUGUAAACCUCUCACUGUGCCUGAUGGUGGAAGUAUGAGCUGUUAUGGAGGCAACAACACUAUCUGCAGAGUACAGUGCCCCUCUGCUUACCUGCUGAUCGGAGCACGUGAAUAUACCUGCAGGCCUGAUGGCUCAUGGAGCCGAUUCCAACCUCUGUGUGCAAGUUACAAACACAUGUUUAUGGCUUCGUCAGGAUGUGCAGUGCUUUCUACCAUCUGCUGCUGUAUGUUCUGCUGUUCCUACUGCAGAAAGAGGAAAAAGUCAGUGAAACAAAAUGAUCAAGAGAAGGUGAUGAAUCCAGUAUAUGAUGGAGGUGAUGCACCACCGGAGGACCCACUGAGAUCAGUGUGACAAUUCAGAUGGCAAUAUAACUGUUUGUUUGACUUAAAUUAAUUUGAAUUAAAUUAAUGUGUCUGUCUGUACCAGCCACUUCAACAUGCCCAAAUGUAAGCAGCAUUUAGCUGAAGAACUUUCUGGAAAUCAAGGAAAAUGCUUUGGUUAAAUGAAAACAGAGCAAGAAAAUGCAUGAACAGUCAAACACCCACCACCCCAACCACCCCCACCCCCUCACGCCUGCAUCUGUCUCUUUCUCUCAUGUUAACAAUUGUUAACAAAUUCAGCCACUGUUGAUGAUAUAUUAGUGUGGAACUGAGGAACCUGGGCAAUAUUAACAAAAGCAACAGCAAACAGUUAUCAGUUAUGUACACCCCAAAAUGUAUUGAAAAAUGCGUCCAAAAUUCUGAAAGUACACUGAAAAUCUGGGAUUUAUUUUAAUUGGAAAUAAACAAAGGUUUAAAUAUUUAAUCACAAAGAAGGUAAAUAUUGUAAUAUUUAAUAUUUAUGAUUCUGCACUAUUUGUAAGUCUAUAUUUAUAUGCAGGGAAAUGUAUGAUUUUAGCGUGUUAACUGCUUUAAGUGAUUUUCCUCAUGUCUAAUCUCACUGUUGAAACAUGUGAUCAGAUAACGCUCCUAUGGAUUUAAUCUAAAAAACACAGGCUUUGUACAAACAUCUGGAGUCCAGUUUUAAAUGUUCCUUUUUGUGGUCGUAUACAUAUAUAGUGGUACUGCAUUUGCACAUAUGAAUCAAAUUUAGCUUGCUUACAAAUAAAUACAUUACAGACCAUUAAAUAGGGCUGCAGUCAAAACCACCACUGUGGAGAACCACAAUCAGGAUUAGAUUCCAAUUCCAAGACAGAAAAUCAGUGGGCUCAGGGUUAUGGCGGCUCCUGAGUGUGAACCUUUAUUUUAGACUUAAACAUUCAAAAUGACAGGCAACCAGCUCUAUCAGAAAAAAGCAAGGCUUGCAGUACCACAAAAGUGUCUAUAAACUACAAUAACAAGGAACACCCCUCUGUGUCUGAGCAAAGAAAUACAGAGAGAGUGAAAGUAAAUUAAAAAAUACUAGUAAACAAGCAUAGAAAGUAAAAAUAGCACAGAACAUGAAUGAUGUCAUGUUUAUUAACUAAAAAUAGCAUAAACUGCACGAUAUAACUAACAUAACAUGAAAUAAACAAAACACAAAUACCUGAAAAUGUCACUGAAAUCAAAGACACAACCGAUAAAAACUUAACACAAAUUCAAGGAACCAAACGCAACAACAAACAAUGACUUGACAAAGAGGGCAGGUAUAACUAAGGCAACACAGGAGCAAACUGGACCCAGGUGACAGGACUCCAUCACCACAUGACAGUCCACAGGGUAUAGCAAUAUACCUGCUAGCACCCCCUCUGGUGGUCUGGGAGGCUAUUGUCCCAGUAGUUUUUGAAAGAGAGAGAGUCACAUGCAAUGGAAAAGAUUCAAUUUAUAAUAAAAAAAAAAAUAAAAGAAUGAUAAGCAAAAUAACUGCAAGUGUCUCAAUAAAGGAGAUAAGCACAAUGCAAGAUACCCAAGAAACAAAUACCAUGUUGCUGUAACCCAAGACAUUCCGCAAAUCCACCAGCUCAACACAUCAAUUACAUGGUUCAUCAAUAGUGUGUGUGUAUUUUUAAUUUACAUUUACAUUUUUUUAAUUUACAUUUGCACUAAACUGUGCAUGAACAAUGGGAAAGAAGAACUGAAAAAAUAUGAAGGAAAGCAGAAAUGAUAAGACUUCAGCUAUUUUAACACAGAACCCAGAUAAAACAACACAUGUAUACAGCCUCAUAUAAGAUACUGCUCUAAUUAUUUACAGCUAUAUCUUAGCGUGAAAUGCAUUUCAUAUCUCUUAUGUAGCAAGAGCCUACUGAAACAUUUCACAUUUCCUUGUUUGCCGAAAAAAGUCCCUAACGCUUCAGCACUGCAGGGAAAGAGGUUUAACUCAAAAUAGAUGUUUCCUGACUUGAUUCAGCAGAUGAAGUUGGUUCUCUUUUCAAUGUCACAUUUAAAUCCUGCUGUAUGUUAAUAGCUUGCUGAGCUGUCUGUGUGCCAUAGAUCUCAUCACAUUAAAAUAAACACAAGGCUUACCAUUAAACCUGAAAGUUUGACCCGACUUCCAAACAUCACAACUGUUUUGUAAUGCAGUGUGUGAAAAAGUCUAAAGUGAAAGACUUGGGAAAGUUCCCAUCUCAGCUGUCUGACUUGUGUCUUGCUUUUCCUCAGCCAAAUAAAUAUUGUUCUCCUAAUCACAUUCAUCCUGGUACAUUUUUGACUUUACAUUCUUUUUGCCAGUGGCAGAUUUUUUUUUUAAUUUUUAUUUCCAUUAUAAUUAAGACGGUUG